GAGGAUGGGGACCCCUUUCCCUCUGCCUUUUCCCCUUUAACGACACUUCCGCAUGUAACUUGAGACAAGUUGGGGAAGAAAAAAGAGGAAGGGAAAAAAAGGGAAAAAUAGCGCAGUUAUUCCCGCCUCCAUCGCCUCCUCCCUCUCCUCCCCGGCCAGCCAGGAGCCACGUCACCGUCACCCAGCACUGUUUUUGGGGCUGCUCGGCAGGCUCAGCCUGGGGCUCUCCAGGGGACAAACCCCAACUUUUGGCCUGGAGCAGGGAGAGGAAGGCCGGGGGGGAGGGGCAGAGAGAAAAAUCCACCUUGGGGAAAAAGUAAGCAAGGCAGACGUCCAGCCUGAGCACCCGGCAGGGGAAAGGCACUUGCAACCAGGGGAGAGGGAAGCCUGAACUUUUCUCCGCCAGAAGAGAGGGCUCCGUACUGGGGAAAAAAAGGAAAGUUGAGCUGGAGGAGACCGUUUGCUUGGUUGAGGCUUGGAGGGGUGAAAACUCCUUGCCCUCACCCUCCCUGCCAGCAGGAAGUGCCCCGCUCCCUUAGUCCCAGCGGAGCCCCCCCAGCACCAUGAACAUCUUCCGCAUCCUGGGGGACGUCUCCCACUUGCUGGCCAUCAUCAUCCUCCUGCUGAAGAUCCAAAAGUCGAAGUCCUGUGCCGGUAUCUCUGGGAAGAGUCAGAUUCUUUUCGCUCUUGUCUUCACAACCCGCUAUCUGGACCUGUUCACCACCUUCAUCUCUGUCUAUAACACCGUGAUGAAGGUAAUUUUUUUGAUAUGUGCCUACAUCACCGUGUACAUGAUCUACGGGAAAUUCCGGAAAACGUUUGACAGCGAGAAUGACUCCUUUCGCCUUGAGUUCCUACUGGUCCCUGUCACAGGCCUGUCAUUUCUGGAGAACCACAGCUUCACCCCCUUGGAGAUACUCUGGACCUUCUCCAUCUACCUGGAGUCCGUGGCUAUCCUUCCUCAACUCUUCAUGAUCAGCAAGACGGGGGAAGCAGAGACCAUCACAACACACUACCUUUUCUUCCUGGGCCUCUACCGCGCUCUCUACAUCGCCAACUGGGUCUGGCGCUACUACACGGAGAAUUUCUAUGACCAGAUCGCUGUAGUUUCUGGGGUGGUACAAACCAUCUUCUACUGUGACUUCUUCUAUCUCUACGUUACCAAAGUCCUAAAAGGCAAGAAGCUAAGCCUUCCCAUGCCUGUUUGAAGACAUUUCCACAGGCAACACAAGAAAUUCCAAAGAUGAAGCUCUUCAAGAUCACAGCUUUCCUUUCCCAGCCCUUUCUGACUAACGGACGGCUCAGCCGAGUCCCACUCCAGCACCAGGAAGACAAGGCCUGGAAAGCCGAUACGCUUUUCAUCCGUAUGAGACUUUCCUGCAAUUUGUAGUUUUUGUUUUGUUUUUUUUUAAUUUCUUCUGACUUGAAUUUGGUGCUAGUAACUAGUGCUGGCCAAUACUGAUGUAGUGCAAAUUAUUUUCUCCUGGCUUUUCCCAGCAUCUACCUCCAAAACUCGCCUCCACCUUGACCCCGAGGCAGCACAGGGAAUAUAAGGGAACUUGUCACUACCUUUAGUCCUCCGGUCCUUUAACAGGUCCCUGUGCUAAAGGGAACACAGCACUAUUAAGCCUGAUAACAAAUACUAAGGCCACUGACCCAUUUCUUGGGUGGCCACAUCUGACACAGCAGGCGCUACAAACUAUUACUUUUAACUCUGUAUAAACUAACAUCCUCCCAACAGUUAACUCUGCCCGACCCCCAUUCUGUUCAAGUCCUGUAACAUUCAGGGAAAACCCAUUCCCUUCAGUGACACCAAUCUCCCAACUCUGCAAGAGUUCAAACAUUCCCCCCACUCACCCGCCUUCACUGACAGUUCCUUAUCUUCUACAAACAGGGAUAAUUUCAAUUAAAAUUCAGUGGGUUGCCAACAGGUGCUUCCAACUCCUUGAUUUUGACAUUAUUUUUUUUUUUUUUAAGAACUGGGAAGAACAGGGACAAAGACAGUUUUACACUCCAGAAAUAAAGACAAAGUUCACAAUU